AUUACUGCUACAUAUUACACGUAUUCACUCGUAUUAUAGUUUCAAUAUGAAUUUAAAAUAUUCAAUAAUAGUAUAUGUAAUAUUAUUAUAUAUGUUAGUUCAUGUUUUAUGUGAAACUGUGUACUCAGAUGAUAUGGACCAUGUGAUUAGUUUAUUAUUAAAUACUGAAAGUGUAGAAAGCAGUGAAUCUGAGAUUGAUGAAAAAGACAAUAAAAUAAUAUUUUCGGAAGGUUUAUGGAAAUGUGGUGAUUGUUCAGACUCAAAUAUAAUAAAUCCUAUUUAUUCUGAAUCUUAUGAUGUGGAUACAAAUUAUGGAGAUGAUAUGGAAUUUGAGUUUGCCCUAUCCAUUGAGAACACACGCUGCGUGAUGAUAUCUGCAGACGACGCGUGUCUCGUGCAAGUGAGAUCUGGGAACUGUGUCGGAGAUAGCGUCACUUUCAGCGUAACGGGAGCCUCGCAUUAUGACGUCACUGUUUAUUAAUAUAACUAGCUUACCGCCUGCGGCUUCGCCCGCUUUCUCUUAAACAAUUUGAGAUUUAAACUAUCCUAUCUCUCAAGUUAGAUCGAACUGCA